AUGGCCGCCGCCGCCGGAGUAGGGGGGCAAGCCCUCGGCCGGAGCAGCUUCUCCCGCGCCGCCUCGUCGAAGACCGCCUCCUCAUCGUCCUCCCCCACCGCUUCCGGCGUCAAGCUCGGCCCUAACGGCGCAGCGUUCGUUUCUUCCGGCAUCCCCGACCUCGACAGUAUUCUGGGCGGCGGUUUCCUCCUCGGUUCGGUUGUGAUGGUCAUGGAGGACUCCGACGCACCGCACCACCUCCUCCUUCUCCGGGCCUUCAUGGCGCAGGGCAUUGUGCACAAGCAGCCACUGCUCUUCGCAGCGCCGAUGAAGGAGCCCCGCACGUUCCUCGGUGCGCUGCCUGCUCCGGUUGCGUCCUCAAAGGAGGACGCGCGGCAAAGAGCGGUGAUGGGAAGCGGCGAUGCACGAGCAAGCGAUGAGGGUUUGAGGAUAGCUUGGCAGUACAGGAAAUAUUUUGGGGAUGAGAGGACUUCUAGUGCCGAACACAGAGAUAACAAGCAGGAGUUUAGCAAUGAUUUUGAUUUGCGGAAGCCCUUGGAACGACAUUUACUAAAUGCACAGCAUAUUGAAUGUGUAAGCACUCAAGAUGCAGACACUCUUGGUGACCUCCAGGAUCGUUGUUCCACUUUCAUAUCAAGACAUCCAAGAAAAGAUGGUGGAAAUCUGAAUGCUGGACGGAUUGCUAUACAGUCACUCUGUGCACCACAGUGUGGAUAUUUUGGAAAGGACUGGGACAUGGUCUCAUUUAUCAGAUCACUGAAGGCCAUGGUACGCGCUUCUAAUGCCGUUGCCGUUAUAACAUUUCCAUACACGGUCCUAUCAGAUUCCUUCUGUAAGAGAUGGCAGCAUCUGGCAGACACGCUGAUGUCAAUAAAAGCAAUUCCAGAUGAGGACAAGGACUUGGCGAAACUUCUAACAGGGUAUCAGGAUAUGGUUGGUUUUCUGCAUGUGCAUAAGGUGGCACAGAACAAUAGCCAGGUUCCUGUAAUUCUAGAGGCAUCCACAUUUUCUCUGAAGCUGCGGAAGAGGAGGUCGCUGGUGCUCGAACGGUUGAAUCAGGCCCCGGUGGACGGGUCGAGCGGGCCUUCGUCAGGUGCAUCAGGCAGUUGCUCCUCGUCAGCCCAGAGCUCACAGCUUGAUUUCUAAAUCGAAACUGGAGUUGGGUCUUUCAGAAGCGAGGGAAGCAUUCACUGGAGCAACCGCGUCUUUUGUUCAGCUUAUAGAAUACUGAAACCAAAAGUAGCUGAGAAAGGCUGUUGGUUAUUGUGUAUCUGCCGCUCUGAAGUCAGAAUGCAACUUUUAGAAAUUUCAGUUCGUUGUGGAGGCGCCUUUCCUGUUUCAUGUAUCAUUCAGUUUUGCUGUAUACCUUUUGUGUUUAAGUUCUAUAUGGUUGCUGUCGGCAGCGGAUUCAACAGGGUAUUCCUUAUGACAACAGAUUUGACAUUGUUCGUAUUAAUGAUGGUGACAGAUUUCUGAA